AUGGAGGGCAGAAACAAUGUCGAAAUCAAGCUUGAAGAAACAAUCGCUAGACAAGAAGAAAAUUUAGAAAAGGUCCUACUUGAGUGUUACGAGGACGAGCAAGAUAAAUCGCGUUUACAAGCUAGGCCUUGGAGCAAAUGCACCAAGAGAAAAUAUGUUCGUGCUAUAGAACGGGAAAAGUUAGAGAAAGUAAAGUGUGAACUAGAAACUUUUAAAAUCAGACAUGAACUAGUCGAAGAGCAUGUUCAUGCUGACAAGAGAGAUGUGAAUGCAAUGCGAGAAGAGAGGGACAAUGCUCUCAAAUUAGUCCAUGAGAUCACAACAAAGCAUGAUAAUAUGUGUCUCAACGCUGAGAGGUUCGAAAGCAAGUACAAGAGAGAGCUAAUUUUCACGACAGCUUUUAUGAAAGAAAAACAAGUGAUGAAAACAAAGCAUGAGAAUAUGUGUCUCAAGGUUAAGGAGUUCGAAAGCGAGUACAAGAGCGAGCUAAAUCUCACGAAAGCUCUUAUGAAAGAAAAACAAGAGAUCACAACAAAGCAUGAGAAUAUGUGUCUCAAGGCUAAGAAGUUCAAGAGCAAGUACAAGAGGGAGCUAAAUCUCAAGGAAGAUCUUAUGAAAGAAAAAGAAGAGCUUGAGAUAUCUUACAAUAUUAAAGAUGCAGAUGCAGAUGCGAUGCGAAAAGAGAGGGACAAUGCUAUCGAAGUUGUCAAUGAGAUCACAACAAGAUUAGAGCAAUUAGUAGCAUCGUUUAUUUGCCCUAUCUCACAGGCAAGUCCUUAUAAUCUCGAUAUCUUUACAAGAAGAUUACAUGCACAACACUCAAUCUCGUAUACUAGUAAUAUACAUGUUUAA